AUGCAUUAACGGGAAAGAAGAAGAAUAUAUUCAUUACAAAACAGAGAACCAAUAAAUCUACCAAAAUACCGUAUAGAUGUCUCGAUGGAUAACUUACAAAAGCGAAAGACUUCAACUAAUGAGUUACCAUAAUUGGUGUAAAACAAAUUGUAAAUGAUAAAUUACACAAAUUCUAUGCAAUUGCAACUAAAAACCAAAUAUGAGCAAUUGUCAAUGAAGAUUUUGAAGGAACCCUACAAAGCAACCAAUAGCAAAUAAAGAAUUAUUACCAAUCAUUUUAUAUUGCAAUAAAAAGUCCAAGAUGUCAUGAUAUCAGAUAGCAUCAAAAAUAAAUAGCUUGACACAGAUAAAACAAUAAUAAAGGGAAUAGUUAUGCUUCCAUCUCAGAAUGAUCAAUAAUACACAAUUCCAGUAUCAAGGUAGGGCAGUCGAGUGGUGAAGUACGAUCAUUAUGGACUGGUGUUUGGAGGACAUUCUCAUAGAGAAAAUAUUGAAAUACAGGCGAUUUCAUUACUGAAUGGAUAAUGGAAAAGGAAGCAGGAGUAUUACUAUUCGUAGAUUGAAUAAUUGAAAUAAAAAUAGAUUGCAAAUCCUAAUUUGAGAUUGGGUUGUUAUUUUAGUUUAAACAUUGAUGAAAAUAAGACAAUAUAUGCAUUUGGAGGAGAGAAGAAUACAAGUAAUAGGAAAACUACGAAUGUAAUCACCAAAAUAUGCCUAGAAGAAGAUCGAUUAGAAUGGUAAUAAUUUCAAACUUCGAUCGGGUGUCGUAGAAAUCAUAGUGGGAAUUAUACUCACAAUCAUCUCCUUGUUAUUGGAGGCAUAGAUUGUAGUGAUUUUAUCACAAAAUAUUAUAAUGAUUUCUAAUUGAUCAAUUUGUCUAAAAUGCAAUGUAGUCAAUUUCACCCGAAGUUUUAUAAAAAGUAAGUUCUCUAAAACGAUCAUCCCUUUAAAUUGGGUAUAGCCUAUCAUAGUGCAACCCUAGUGGGUAACCCCUACUUGAGACUGACUUAUGAUUUCUCUUAGAUUGCUAAAAAGGAAGAGUAGGUUGAUCAAUUGUUCACAAAAGAAGGCAUAUACAUUUUUGGAGGUAAGGAUAGCGAAGACAAUCUCUAUAAUGAGUUGUAUUAGAUGGUUAUUGAUACAUACCCAAUAGUAGUAUAGAUUGUGGAGACUCUGGGUUAGAAGCCUCCGAGUAGAAGAUCUCAUAGUAUGAAUUAUGACGAGAAGAUAAGUGCAUUGUUAUUAUUUGGUGGGACAAACGAGGUGCAAUGUUUUGGAGAUUUGCAUUUAUUGCUUCUCAAGAAUUACACUUGGUAGAAAGUGCUAUUGCAGGGGUACUUGGAGUAUCCAUUCAGAUAUGAGCAUUGUAGUGUUUUUAAUGAGGAUAAGUUGAUUAUUUUUGGAGGUUUAAACUAGGAUGGAUUCUUAAUGUAUAAUCCAAUUACAAUAUAAGUUAAGUUUAAAUUAAUUCAUAAGCUUAAUUGAAUCUAUUUAAUAUAUUUUUAUUUUUUAGUAAAUAUACUAUUUUAAAUUUAUGUAAAUAAAGAAAGUCAGUUGUUUUGGAGCAGGCUAUGUGGGAGGACCAACGAUGGCUGUGAUGGCCUCCAAAUGCCCAGAACAGACAUUCAUUGUUUAUGAUAUAAAUGAAUAGUAAAUUCAAAGAUGGAAUAGCAAAUAAUAUCCAGUUUAUGAGGAAGGUUUGGAUGAAUAUGUUAGUAAAACGAUAAACAAAAAUUUGAUAUUCACUAGUGACAUUGAUCUUGCUUUGAAGGAUUGUGAUAUCGUAUUUCUGGCUGUCAAUACUCCAAGUAAAAGUUAUGGGUUGGGAGCUGAAUCUUAAUUAGAUAUAUCCUACAUAGAUAGUUGCCUUCAAAGCAUAAAGAAAUACCCUUUGACUAAAAAACUGAUAUUGGUUGAGAAGUCAACAGUUCCCAUAAAAACCUGCGAUUAUAUCAAUGCAGUUUUAAAGAAUUAAAAUAUUUGUGUUUUGUCUAAUCCUGAAUUUUUGGCUGAGGGCACUGCAAUCCAAGAUCUUCUUUCUCCAGACAGAGUGAUUAUUGGUGGACCUUUGGAAUCGAGUAAAUAGCUUGCUUCAUUGUAUGAAGAAUGGGUACAUAAGGACAAAAUCAUUUUCACAAACAUUUAUUCAGCCGAAUUGAGUAAAAUUGUAGCUAAUUCCUUCCUUGCUCAAAGAGUGUCUUCAAUCAACAGUAUAUCCAUAAUUUGUGAUAAAAUUGGAGCAGAUGUCAAUGAAAGUAUGAUAAAUAGACACUAUAUAUUUACUAGUUUCACGAAGCGUUGGAAGUGAUAGUAGAAUUGGUAAUAAGUUUUUGAAGACAUCUGUCGGAUUUGGUGGAUCUUGUUUAAAGAAGGACUUGCUCUGUCUAAUUUACUUGUGUGAAUCUCUACAAUUGGAUGAGGUAGCUCAAUACUGGAGGUCGGUUUAUUUACUAAAUGAGUAUCAAAAACAAAGAUUUAUAAACUUAAUAAUCAGUUCUAUGUUUAACUGUUUGAGGAACAAAGUCAUAGUGAUUUUGGGAUUAACAUUUAAGGCCAAGACCAAUGAUACCAGAGAGAGUGCUGCUUUGUUGAUUAUUAAAAAGUUACAAGAGGAAUAGGCGAUACUAAGGAUUUAUGAUCCUCAAGGGAAGAUAGACAAAUUGGAGCAAUGUUAGAGUUUGGAUGGCAUCUUUGAAGGGGCGUCUGCUGUAGUGAUACUGACUGAGUGGGAAGAGUAAUUUUAUGUGAGCAUAUAGAUAGAUUUACAAAAAUAGAUUAUGUUGAGGCUUACAAUCAAAUGGCGAAGCCUGCGUAUUGCUUCGAUGGCAGGAACUUGUUGUAAAGUGAUUUGAUGAAGUCUAUUGGAUUUCUAUAUUACGGAUUAGGGAGAGUUUGA